GACGUGAUGCGACAUUCAGAAUACCGAAGCGUUGCGAUCUUCCCAAUACACGUAUGAUAGAGUUACGAAACGCGUGCUGUCCUCGCAAGGUCCACCAGAUGUGGCAUAGUCUGGUAGGGGUCCUAGAAGGUACCUAGGUAUUCGAGAAGCCGCUGCAUGACAUGUGAACUCCAGAUUUCCUCUACAUGAACAUUCACAUCUCCGCAUUGCUAUAUAUCUUCUUAUUCAUCCUCUGUCUUUAGUACAACGAGAACAUGGAUACCGCAAAAGAGGCAGCUUCGACAGCCGCAACCAAAGGGAAAGAGCUGGAGCAAAAGGUCGGGGAAAAGUUGAUAUUGCUAUGGCAUGAAAUCUCGCCAUGGCAGCAAGACAAUCACUACAUCCGAUCCGGUUACCGCGCUCAAUCAAAUUCCUACGCCAAAUCAUGGAAAAGCCUUGGUUAUCUGCACAACGAAACUGUCAAUAUCUACACUCAUCUUAUCGGAGCCCUUCUAGCCGCCAUCUCCGGUGUAGUUCUCUAUCAAACUCUUGAGCCUCGUUACGAAACGGCCACUCGCGAAGACAUCUACGCGUUUGGCUGUUACUUCUCUGGAGCAAUUGCUUGCCUGGGCAUGAGCGGAACCUAUCACACCAUACAGAAUCAUUCACACGAAGUCGCCGUAUGGGGCAACAAGCUGGAUUAUCUGGGCAUCGUCUUCUUGAUCUGGGGAAGCUUCGUACCGGUCCUAUACUAUGGUUUCGGAGAGCAGCCAGAGCUGAGGAAGACUUAUUGGACAAUGAUCACGACUCUGGCAGCCGGCACAUCCAUUGUAUCGACGCAUCCCAAGUUCCGCACACCCGCUCUGAGGCCGUUUCGAGCAUUGAUGUUCGUGCUCAUGGGUCUCUCGGCUGUGUUUCCUGUAGUUCAUGGCAUUCGCUUAUAUGGAGUCGAGCAUAUGCGGGAGAGUAUUGGGCUGGAUUGGGUCGUUUUGCAGGGGGUCCUGUAUAUCGCUGGUGCCGCCAUCUACGCUGCUAGACAGCAGCAAGUCACCUCAUGGGCUUGGUGA